CUUCAGUUGAGAGAAGCUUUGAAACCUUAGCAAUUUCCCUUUCCUUUUUUCUAUCCAACCGAAAGAAAUGAGAGGAGAUUUGGAGAACUUUGCAGCGGCAGUAAAAUUGGAAGAAAUGAAGAAAUGUUUGUUCAACGCUUGCAUUUGUGGGUCGAACCAGAAAGGGAGAAUAACCAAAGGAGCCGCUGCACAUCAGUGGGAGAAUUUGAAGAAAUCCAAGGGAUUCUACCAAGAAUGGUAUUGGGGUUUGUGAGGUUAGCUAGUGAAGAGAUCAACAAUUUUUGGGAGACUAAGAGUUUCCUACGGUUGCUGGUAGUGAACAAGCUUUUCAGGCUUGUUAAGGGUGGGCUGCCCAUGUAUGUAGCCAGUCAUGGUUUAUACAACUGAAAGCCUCCAACAGUGUUUGUACCACCAUCAAUCAAAGAAGAUGUUGAGAAGCUGUUUGAAAUUAAUAGGGCAAUGGGCCAAGUGGAACUAAACCUUGAUUUGCUAGCACUAGAUGUUGGUAUGUAGCUUUGGUUAGAAAGUUCUGUAACUCUUUGACAUUUAUAAUCUUUAUAAUGAAUAUUGCCAACUUGACUUCAGGUGAAACAUAUGAAUUGUGGAAUGACAUUGUUGUGAGACCUUUUAGAACUCACCAUGUUAUACCAAGCCAGGUAUCUUUAACUUUU